AUGUUCCCCAACAGCCAGCACGGCCCGAGUCUGCCUCAGCCAACGCCCGUGCAAAUCACCACCACCGCCACUGUUCCGCCGUCGCCGCCUACGGCCUACUCUUCCUCGACGGAGCCCGCUGGGCCCCGCCAGAACUUGGACGCGACAAGUCUGCCUGGGCCGGAUUCGACCACAAUUGUGCUGUCUAGCUACAAACUCCCAGAGCAUCAUCCUCGUCACGUGGAGAAUGGGCGAACCUAUCAUGGCUACCGACGGGGAAUAUACAUGCUACCGUGCGACGAGGAAGAGCAAGAUCGCCUGGAUCUGUUCCACAAAGUAAUCACUGAGGCUCGAGUCGGCGACGGCUUGAUAUACGCCCCUCAUCCUCCCAAUGCGCGUGUCUUGGAUCUCGGCUGUGGGACUGGAAUCUGGGCCAUUGAUGUCGCUAACAAAUACCCCGAGGCUUUUGUAGUCGGCCUGGAUCUGGUGGAUAUCCAGCCUUUGAACGGUCCCAAGAACUGUGACUUUUAUUCUCCGCGCGACUUCGAAUACCCAUGGGCUCUCGGAGAGGACCAUUGGGACCUCAUUCACAUGCAAAUGGGCAGUGGCUGCGUGGCCAGUUGGCCUUCUCUGUACCGCAAGAUCUUCUCUCAUUUGCGCCCAGGGGGGUGGUUUGAGCAGGUUGAGAUCGAUUUUGAACCCCGCUGCGAGGAGCGAUCCCUGGAGAAUACCUCGAUGAGCAAUUGGUAUCAAUAUCUCAAGCAAGCCACUGAGAUGGCGGCCCGACCAAUUGCGCAUAGCGUCAGCGAAACAAUGGCUUCUUUGGAGCGGCAAGGCUUUGUUCAGAUUGACCAUCAAAUUGUCGGAUUACCAUUGAAUCCAUGGCAUCAUGACGAGCAUGAAAAAAAGGUGGGCCGGUGGUACAAUUUGGCUAUUUCGGAGAGCCUUGAGACCCUUAGUUUGGCUCCUAUGCACCGCAUUUUCGGGUUUUCGCACGAGCAGAUAAAACAUCUCGCGAUCGAGGUAAAAAAAGAAGCAUACAACAAGGAGAUACAUGCCUACAAUAUCCUGCACAUCUACCAGGCGAGGAAACCAGAAAACCCGCCUGGGAUCUGA